UUCUAGUUUUAACAUUGAUUUUUCCAAAACAUGGCCUCUGUUAUGAGUUUUAGGAUAGGAAGAGAAAUCCUGAACAGUGGUGUAAAGCGUCUAUGCUCAAACUAUGCACCUGUCGCUUUUGCUGGUCUCCCAAGCUUUGUCAAAAUAGUUGAGGUUGGUCCCAGGGAUGGCUUGCAGAAUGAAGCUGGACUUGUUCCAACAGAGGUCAAAGUUGAAUUUAUCAACAGACUGGCAGACGCUGGGCUUACAACAAUUGAAGCUACAAGUUUUGUCUCACCCAAGUGGGUUCCUCAGAUGGCAGAUCACAACGAAGUAAUGAAAUGCUUAAAACGUCGACCUGGUGUAGUGUUCUCUGCUCUCACGCCAAAUUUAAAGGGCUUUCAGUCUGCGCUGGCCGCAGAAGUUCAAGAGGUCGCUAUAUUUGGUGCUGCGUCAGAAUCGUUUAGCAAGAAGAAUAUCAACUGCUCGAUUGAAGAAUCUGUUGAAAGGUUUAAGGAAGUUACACAGGCAGCGAGGUCAGCCAACAUUCCAGUGAGGGGGUAUGUCUCAUGCGUGCUGGGUUGUCCGUAUGAAGGUGAUGUCAAGCCAGAAAAAGUGGCCCAGGUGGCCAAGAGCCUGCUGGACAUUGGCUGUUACGAGAUAUCUCUGGGUGACACCAUUGGGGUGGGGACCCCUGGGGCCAUGAGGAAUCUGAUCUCUGUGGUGUCCAAGAUGGUGCCUAUUGACCGGCUGGCCAUACACUGUCAUGACACGUACGGUCAAGCUUUGGCCAACAUAUUAGCGGCCCUACAGAUGGGGAUAAAAAUAUUUGACAGUUCAGCUGCUGGUCUUGGCGGAUGUCCAUAUGCUAAAGGUGCCAGCGGGAAUGUCUCGACAGAAGAUGUUGUUUACAUGAUGAAUGGGCUAGCCAUUAAAACAGGUGUAGAUAUACACAAGCUGAUUGAUGCCGGCCAGUAUAUUUCUAAAGCCCUAGGAAGAAAGUCAGGGUCAAAGGUCACUCAAGCCACCAAAUCAUCACUCUAAGAAAUGUGCAAUAAACAAAAUAUUUAUUUUACUGCAUUUGGAAAACUUACCAGGCCAAGCAAACAAAAUAUCCAGUAAUAAAAUGCAUAAAUUGUAGCCA